AUUUAUUAUUUUGUUUAUACUUUAUAAUCUAGAUUUAAAAGGCGACGAAAGAAUAAUAAUAAUCAUAGAAAUUUAAAAAGCAUAGUUAAUUUAUAAUAAAAUUGUGGAAAAGUGAGAACACCUUCAACUUGAACUAAUGUCUAAGCAAGCAACAAAAUCAUCGCCUGGAGAAUGGAGUCGGAUGUGGGCAAGUGCGUCGUUCGUCGGAGUUCUCAUUGUGAUUGGACUGCCGCUGUGGUGGAAGACUACUGAAGUGUUCAGAGUGGCACUACCGUACGACAGGAUUAAUGCUUUCGAUACCGAAGCCCACUACGUCACUACCAGGCUGACUAUCCUGGCUUGCGAUGAAAAGACUGCGGCAGACGUGGCGGAUGAAAUACAGAAAGCCUUUGACAGUUCAGACGUGAUAAGGCUGAAAAUCGAUAAGUACAUCUUGCAUGCGGAACUGCAGAAUGUCUUGAACACGGUGGCAGACGAGGAAGAGGCGACGGAGAAGGUCGGCGAGAUAAUCAAUCUAGACGAGCCCAAUACCUUCUAUGUGGUGCAGAGGAAACCUUUGAACCAUCACGUUUGGGUUGGACCUGAGAGACUUGCAUUCUUCAGGGAUUCUGGAGCAACAUCAAAACUAAUCGAUUGCCUGACCAAAUGGAUCUACCAACCGUCCGUGCUGCUUGGUGCUCGCUCGGAGUUGGCUGAUGAAGCGCGCCAGGUACGCUUCCCGAGCGGCAGCGGCUACCACAUCGUGCUGUCAGUGGUGCACCCCAAGCCACAUAAGCUUCAAGUGGAUUUCGAUGCUGCUGAGGCCGUGGAAGACUACGUGGGCACGUUUGUCGAUAAACUGAGUGAACUCCACAACUUCACGUUGAAGUCGCAAUGGCUGUAUCUGUUGGACUUUGAAUUUCAAGCGAGAAAGGCUAUGGACAGUUCAGAAGUGGGAUACCACUACGCGGUGCGUCAGGAGCGACUGCACUCGCUGCUGACGAAGCUGGAGGAGCGCGCGGCCACCCACGUGUCGGAGCAGCCAACCAUGAACCUCGCGCUGUACGUCGUGCCGUGCGAGAUAUCGCCCUUGUACAUCUACGAUCAAAAUGAUAAAAAAGUUGAGUCGCCCGUCCAAGCGUUUAUGUCCCCGAAGUGGGGUGGUGUAGUGUUGUGCAGUCCAGAGUGCGGUGCGGGUGUGUACCGCCCGCGCAGCCAGCUAGUGAUGGGCACGUUUGUGUCGCAACUGAGGAAGUUACUCGGCAUCACUGAGAAGGUUACCAUCGAUGGCGUGCACUUGGUGCCGUUACAUUCUGUGUCACCUCGUGAUUGGGAGGUGGACACGCUGUUGAGAAUUCGCACCCUGGAGCAAGUCAGCUCCGCUGAGAGAAGUUUGAAGUCAUUGGCUAAGCUGCUUGGUGAAAUUUCAAACAUAGUGAUAAAUGAAGACGUGGGUGCAUCCAUCACCACCGCGGUGACGAAUAUCCACGACAGCAGCGAGCUGAUGAUGGCAGGUGAACUGCGAGGGGCGCAUGAGAAGUCGCGGGUUGCCUUCUUGGCUGCAGAAACGGCAUUUAUGGAGCCAAGUCUCCUGGCGCUGUUGUACUUCCCUGACGAUCAGAAAUACGCCAUUUACAUUCCGCUGUUCCUGCCGAUAAUGUUCCCAGUGAUUCUCUCACUCAAGAACCUCGUAUUGUGGCUAAAAGGUGCCUCUCCUAAGGAGAAACUAGACUGAUUGUCAACUAUUUAAUUAACACGCCAAAGUUAACUAUAGGCUGAGAAGUAUUUAAAUGUUAUACUUUUAAAUUAUACCUUUUUCAUUCCA